GUGCCAAGAUUUCAAGAGGGUUCCAAGAAACAUAUCCACAAUUAAAAAAAACAAAACCCCAAAACGAGCCUUAUUUACUAUAAAAAUAUUGUUUCUAAUUAUUUGGUUGUUAGAUCUGAUUAUAUAUACAAUAGGAAGAAACAGAAACCGAAGCCUACAACAAACCACAAAGACAAAACACAAAACAAAAGGCAAAAAUGGGGAAUACUCUAGGAGGAAAAAAGACAACAAAAGUGAUGAAAAUUGAUGGACAAACCAUGAAAUUCAAGACACCAAUAUAUGCAAACGAGGUUCUAAGAAAUUAUCCUACUAUGGUAUUAUUAGAAUCAGAAGCAGUGAAGCAUUUUGGGGUCAGAGCAAAGCCAUUGGAACCACAACAAGAGUUGAAAUCCAAAAGGCUCUAUUUCCUAGUUGAGUUACCUAAAUACCCUGAACAGAAAACUCCGAGGAGAGUCCGUUCAGGGAUUCAAAUGAGCGCGAAAGAUCGGCUCGAAACCCUAAUGUUAGCACGGAGAUCGGUGUCUGACUUGUCAAUCAUGAAGCCUGCCAGUAUUAUGACAGAAGAGUCGUCGUAUCAUAAUAACUUUGCUUCAGGCACACUCUUGAAUAAUAAGAUGGAGAACGGUGGUGGGCCCGUUAGGGUAAAGUUGAGGUUGCCUAGGGCCGAGGUGGAGAAGCUGAUGACGCAGAGUAAAGAUGAAGGAGAUGUUGCCGAGAAAAUCAUGCGACUUUGCUUGGUCAACAAUGGUGGUGGUGGUGGUGGAGCUGACAUGUUUCAGAAUAGAAGUGGUCCGUUGCUAGAAGAACAAAGUAAUUGGAAGAAUAAUAAUGGAGGAAUAAUUAAGAAGGGAAUCAGAUCUCGAGAGAAACGUGUAGGAUUCUUGCCAAUUACAGAAGGGGAGAUUCAAUUAGCAGUAGCUUCUUAACAAAUUAAAGAGGAGAAAAAAAUCCAUUUAUUAUAUGUCUUUUGUAGUGUAAAAGUACUCCUCUCCGAAUUCCCUGGCAAAUUUUCUCAGUUAUUUAGUAUUAUUAUCAUGUAUUUCUCAUUUAUGUAUAGUACGUAGAAUCAAGAAGCUGAGAAUUAUAUGCUCUUGGUGAAUUAUGUGAGAGACUGCUUACAAUAUAGUAUUACUGUUUUUUUGGUUGGAA